CCCAACAAACGCAACAAACGUAUUGUGGAUCUCGGAGAACGCAAGAGAGAAUCAUCCGAGCCCACUCGAUCGACCUUGGCAACAGAAAGAACAUCUGAAGGGGAUUUCGCUUCGUUUUCUGGCAUCCAGAGACCCGCCGGUCGACAAAUACCGCAGCUCGAGGCCCAUGGAGGGACGGGAUCGGACAGAGGUGCCAAAGCAGUGCCGUCUCGUGUUCUAGCUGGAAGAAGAGAAAAAGAAACGCGCGGGAGGAAAAGAGGGGACCCACGCCACCACUAACCACCGCCAGCAACCCAAGAGCACUCCCCGCAAAAUGCCCAGCGAUGCCUCUCCCGAUACCGGGCCUGAUCCGGAGGGCGUCGUCAGGUCCCUCUCCCUCCUCGAUCCGGUCCUGCGGUUCCUGACCCACGCCACGGGCCAGACCCUGGUACCCCUGGAGGCCCUGAGGGCCACGAUCCCGGGACUUUCGGGGAGGGUCCCCUUCGAAGACCUUGUGCGCCUCGUCGGUCACGGAAUCCUGCGGGCCGAGGCCGGCGGAGUCCUUGGCAGAAAUGGUGGCAGCAAUGGAUGCAACCACAACGAUGUUCUGAAAGAACACUGGGAACAAACGCCGUCCCCUAGCAAGGCGGAAGCGGACCCGGACCAAAAGGAUUCCGCAUCCUUUUUGAUCGGCUUCCCCUCGGGAGACGCCAAUCGCAAGCUCUGCGGAAGCACCAAAACGGCCGCCAAACGACGCAUGGCGGCCCUCAGGCGAUGUCUCAGGGAGGAAGAACGGAACCGGAAAACACAAACCAAACCCAAAACCAAAACCAAAACCAAACCACCCUCCGGGAACGAACCGACGAGAUCGAGUGUCAGCGCCGACGAGCAUAAAAACGCCAAUGGCAGUUCGAACGCGGAUGCAUCCUCGGCGGCCUGCGAUGCCCCAAACAACUGCAGCGACGGGGAAAGCCUCGACGACCCGGGACUUUCUCGAAACGCCGCCGCGUCCCAGUCCGCCACCGGGAACCAAACCACAGGGAUUUCGGGAUGUUCCGCCACCAGCGAAGCGAACGGCCGAACGGCAGCGGGGAACGAAGGACCCCCGCUGGACGACGACGAGAGGGAGGCGCGGCGGGCCCUCUGCGAUCUCCUUGGACUGCGGCCUUCCGGGGAGCCCGGGCCAGGCACCGGCACCGCAAAAUCCAAGGGCGGAAACCGGGGAAUCCGUGCCGGCGGUGCCGGUUGCGCGCCCUCCGCCGCGGAUUCGUCGCUCUUUGGACCUACCCCCGUUCCUUCCUCGAUCCUCCCGAAACAGCUGUCCUACGCCAAGACGCAGCCCGCCCGGUCCGCGGUCUACCAGGACGAGUGCUGCCACAACGACAGCGACGGCGAGAAAGGUGCUGUGCGCAAGGCAUUGGUGCAUCCGCGCCUGCGAGAGGCCUUCCGGUUGGCGGGGAACGGCGGGAACGACGAUGGUGCCGACGCGGAAGCCCAUCCCCAGAGGAAGCGGCAACGCUCGCGGCGAUUGUACAGGCACCAGGCCCUCGCCAUCGCCUCGGCCCUGGCCGACAAGCACACGCUGGUGUGCACCGGGACGGGAUCCGGCAAGUCCCUCUGCUUUCUCGUCCCCGUCCUGCAGGCGGCCAUCUCGACCCGGCAAACCUCCCUGGUGCUCUUCCCCACCAAGGCGCUGGCCCAGGACCAGCUGGUCAAGCUCCGGGCCCUCCUGGAGGACCACCCCUCCCUGGCCGAGCACGUCACCGCGGCGGCCCUGGACGGGGACACCCCCCGCUCCGAGCGCUCGCUGAUCGCCGAGACCUGCAACGUGAUCUUUACCAACCCCGACACCCUCCACGCCUCGGUCCUCCCGUCGUGGGAGACCCAGCCCGGCUACGGGGCCAUGCUCUCGAACCUCCGGUACGUCGUCCUCGACGAGGCCCACGUCUACGAGGGCGUCUUUGGGGCCCACGUGGCCAUGAUCCUGGCGCGGCUGUACCGCAUCCACUGCGUCGCCGCGGGAACGGCGGACCGGACCAACACCGGGGGGGGGUGCCAGGACGACGAAUCGGUCUUGGGCGAAAACCCUCCCAGCCACACGGACAACAGCACCGACAACAGCGACAGCGGCAUUGAUACCUUCAACGAUAGUGACAACAACGACCACCAACAAGCGCCGGAAUCUCUGUCGUUCUCGCCGCUCGUCUUUCUGGCCUGCUCGGCCACCCUGGCGCAUCCCGAGCACCAUUUCCGGUUGCUGUGCCCCAUUCCGCCGUCGAAGCCGGUCACCGUUCUGACGGAAGAUUUUUCCCCGCGGGCCGCCAAGCAUUUUUUCGUUUGGAACCCACCGCUCCUGGACGAGCACGGGAAAUCCCUCGGAUACGUGGCCUGGCCCGAGAAAAAGAAAUCCAGGCCGGACCGGCAGAAAACCGGCGGGGAAAGGCAGAAAACGCCGGCGUCGAACGUCCCAAACGAUGCUUCCGUUCCGGGUCCUCGAUCCCUGCCUUUGCAACCGGGUGGAGAGGCAAAGAACCCCCCGCGCCGCAGGGAGGUCCGCCGCCGGCACUCCGCCGACGAAACCGCUCUGCUCCUGGCCAGGGCCGUCGCGAAGGGCGUCCGUUGCAUCGCCUUUUGCAAGACCCGGUGCCUCGUGGAAUGGGUCUACGAGCGGUGCCUGAAAGCCCUGAAGCAGUCCCCGGAAACGGCGGACCUCGUUUCCAAGGUGGAUUCCUACCGCGGUGGCUAUUCCAAGUCGAAGCGGAGGGAGAUCGAGGAGAAGCUCUUUUGCAACCAGCUUCUGGGAGUGGUGGGGACCUCGGCGCUGGAGCUCGGGGUCGACAUCGGGGGGGUCGGCCUCACCCUCCACUGCGGUUUUCCCUCGAGCCACGCGAGCCUCAUGCAGCAGGCCGGGCGUGCCGGCCGGGGUGCCGAGGCGAGCAGGGAGCCCUCCCUCGCCAUCUGCGUGUGCUUCAACAGCCCCAUCGACCAGCACCUGUGGCGGCACCCCACCAGCCUCCUGUCGGGGGGCCUGUCGGCCCCCCUCUCGAUGCCGGUCUAUCCCGGCCUGGUGCAGGGACACCUGGUGUGGUGCGUGGUCAUCGAUGCGUUUUUGUGGCUGCCUCAAAACGGUUUCUUCCCGGCCUUGCUAAGAAGGAUUUAUGUUUGUCUCUCACACAUCAUUCCGUUGUAUUUUUCCUUGUUUCUGCUUUGUCUUUUUCUUACAGUGCCGGGAAAGAGUUUCCGCUCACUGGACGGUUCAAUGCAAGUGCGAUCCUGACCGUAGAAGAAAAACAGGCAGAUGGCCUCCUUAGCGACGAAGAGCUAUUUGGAUCCAAGGAAGUCUAUCUCGAAGCUUUGGAAAACUCGACGUCGAAGGGAUCGUUUUCGAUGGAAAAAGUAGCCGUGUUUGGUGGAAUUUUCAUUGCGGUGUUCAAGACCCAUCCUUCCAUAAAGAAUCCGUGGAGGGACGUUUCCAUUCGGUCGAUCGAAACGGUCAAUUACGACAUUGUUGAUCUCUCUCAUCCCAUGCAAGGCAAUCGGAUGGAUGGCAAUCACCACGAGGGUGCCAUCAUGGUAUGUUGAAUGCGUGGCACAGUAUUUGUUGUUCCCUCGUCAAAUCGGUCGUUGUCUCUUUUUUGUUUCUCACUUUCGUUGAACUCCCCAGGAUAAUAUUCCAUACAGCAGGGUCUUCUAUCACGCCUUUCCUGGAGCUAUCAUAACACACAGGGGUCGUCGAUACAAGAUCGUUUCCAUGACCAGACCUCCGGCUUUUGGUGUAGGAUUUCGAAGCACUGUAACCCUUGGUGCAUACGCGAAGCCAAGCGCCCAUCGAUAUUGCACCAGGCCUCUGAGCAACUUGAAGAUUACGGUUGUCAAGCAGACGGAACGCGUCGAUCUGAUGGACAAAGUGACAACAACAAAAGAAUCCGAUCAAACGCCGGAUCCCAGCACCAUAUUCGCGGACGAUUUCGAUCCGUCAUCCGGAUCAUUUGCUGGGUGCGGUACCAUCACCGUCAAGCGCAACGUGCACGGCUACAAAAAAAUUUCCCUCGUGACCCGCGACGAGUUGUCUCGCGCGGAGCUGUCCUUGCCGGAUAUGGAAUACGACACCUACGCGUUUUGGAUCGACUGCGACGCCACCGGUCUGGGAAAGCUGAUGACUCCGCAAUCCUUUGGCUACGGCGUUCACGCCCUAUCCCAUGCCCUUUGCAACGUGGCUCCGCGUUUUGUGCCGUGCGUCCUCAACGACGUUCAGUGCGAUCACUCGUUUUAUAGCCCAACCCGCGUCGUGAUUUUUGACAGCAGAGCGGGGGGAUCCGGGAUCACGGCGCAGCUGUGGAAAUCCAUCUUUCGACCAAACGGCUUGGUUGAAGCGGCGAUCGAUUUGCUAGAAUCCUGCCCUUCGUGUGUGGACGAUGCUGGCUACACGGGCGGGUGCCCGGCCUGUAUACAAGCCGGCGAAUGCAUCAAGUUCAAUGAUUUUCUAUGUAGGUCCAGUGGUUUGAUAAUAGCCAGGCAUAUGCUGCGGAGACUCGAGAAGACCGAACGGUACAAGCUUGCUAUGGAAGAGCAUGCCGAAUCGGAUGUGGAAAUGGUCGAGGAUGACCGAAAAAAGAGGAAAGAGAACAGACCAUUUGCAUCGCCGAGGAGAGAGAAACGAAGAAGGGCAAUGAGAGCUGCAAUGGACAUUGACGCAACCAAACCAAGGCAACUCGUGAUCGGGCGUCCGAGCUGGCCCAUGGAUUGCUGCGACAGCAUACCGCGACAACAGCAGGAAGGAUAGAAAGACAUCCAAAUGUGAUGCAUAGAUAUUUGAAGCUUCUAAUUUCACCCAUGGUUCUCAGAAUACCAAAUCUCGCACAGAACCAAGAUAAUUGAAACAUAGUGAAAGAAUAGAAGUGACUUUACCGACAACAGCACCACAAUAGAAAUAAGAUACCCAC